CGAAAAUACGGAAAAAUCAACAAAGGAAAAGGAAAAACCGGAUUAUCGGAAAACUGCUUAUCUUGUGGUGAUGAGAAACUGUUUUGUGCUAGGCUGUGAUAAUGCCCAUCGGGACAAUCCGAAGCGGGCGAUGUUCAACAUCCCGAAGGAUCCAGAAAAGUUUGAAAAAUGGCGAGAAGCCUUGCCGAAGCACCGGGAACUGAAGCUACAUGAUCGGGUGUGCGAGAAACACUUCCGGCCCUCGGAUAUCCUGCGCGAUUGGACCCACACGAUCAAUGGCCUAACGACAGUGCUCCCGCGAAAGAAACCAACGCUGUUGCCGUCUGCCGUGCCCUUACCCGAGGAAUCGUUGAAGCGAAAGCCCAAGCAAAUCGCCAGUCAAGGAACUAAAGCACCAGCCAAGGAACAAAGGAUACCCUCGGUUGAAAGAGAGGAUCCCGUUGAGAAACAGAUUCAAGUGAUCGAGGUUUCGAUUGGCGCACCAGACGAGGGAGAAGAGGAGCAUAUUGAACCGGUGGAGAUUGAGGAGGCUCCGGAGAUUUCUCCCGUAUUCGUAGAGCUGUACACCAACGUCUACGCAGUUGAGCUUCCUUCGUCGCUCUGGGGAAUCCACCGAGAUCCGAAGCGGAAGUACGUUGCAUUUACGCGUUUCGACUGGGAAUCCGGCGGCGGGGACGAAAGCGCGGUCGAUCGUACUACCGUGCUUAUCGAGGAAACAGCUCGCAUCCGAGUGUGGCAUAGGGGCGAACUGGCAUUGGAUUGUGAUGCUCCGGAAUUGCUACCGAUUGCCAGCUUAUUAGAGAAGAUAGAGGAAUCGAUAAGCAGGGGUGAUAACCCUGUAGAAUUAUGGUUAGAUGACAUAGAGCUAACUUUUGACUGAAAUUUAGUGUUGGUAAAUAAAUGGUAAUUUUGUAUAAUUGAUCAUUUUCCUCUUCAAUUUAUUUUUAACUCAUACU